CUCAGCACGUGAUCGUCGCUAUAAACAAACUAGGUAAUGGCGGACCGAUAACACGAGAGUCUUACAUUCGUACAGUGCCAUAGGUGUGAAAUAUGGAAGAGGAAGAGUCGUCCCUAUCUCCCCCGAAUUCCACAGAGCGGACCAGGGAUGCGGGAGAACAAACCAAACAGAUGGAGAGACAGAGCCCAGGAUCUGGGAAAAGGAAAAGUGUGGAAUUCUUAGACAAUGUGGAAGAAAGGGAUGUUGACAUUGGAGGGGGUGAGGACAGCCCUGGGGGUGGGGGUGAGGACAGCCCGGGGGACAACAGGGAAGAGGACGGGCCCGACAAUGGCUUCGCCACUGACAGUGAGAGCGAAGUAGAUAUCGGUGUCAAGCCCGACAUUGAAGACACAUCCUCAGAAGGCUCUUCAGCCACACUGGACGUUCCUGGCCAAGGGCGGUCUCUUCCAAAGAUAGCACGCGGGUUCCGACCAGAAAUCUUUGAUGAUGAGGCUGUAGUUGAAAGUAGGACAUCUAAACGUUCAGUGACCUUCACCCCCAAACCAUCAGACGACAUGUUAAGUUCCAGAUCACCAGCUAUUAAGGAAACAGCGAAACGGAAGACUUACGAUGGGCGUGAGAUCACCAUGGUUACGCUGGACACACAGACAGACUGGCAAUGGGUGGAAGAUGCUGUGGAGACUGGACUCGGGAAACACAUCCCUUCUGGUGCAGUCAUCGGCAGUGAGGAAAAGAAAGAAAAAAGUGAUCUCAAAUCUAUACUGGUGAAGCCGGACAGUCGGGAGACCACCAGUCUGUCCAAGGGGGACCUCACGGAUGCAGUGUCGGCAGAUGACCGCAUGGCCCCUACCACGCCCUUCACGCCCUACAGUGAUGAGUUCGGCAUCCCCAUCCUUGACAUCAGCUCAGACUCCGAUAGUUCCGACGAGGACUCCAAUAGGAAAGACCCGGAUGACCGUAGCUUUCUGCCAAGUAUUGGUCCCCCUCAGAUCCUGCAGUACAUCCGAGAGUCGGAGCUGGCUGAGAUAGAAGUGGAGGACCCAGACAAGCGGAAGGAAAAGGAGGGGGUUGACGUCACCGACUACCCCCUGGACGAGUGCGGACGCAUGUAUGGCAUGUUCGGCGGCAAGUGUGAGUUCUGUGCGCAGGACAUAAAGCCGUUCCCCUCGCUGGAACGCCAGCGUCAACUCCCCCCCGAUGAACUGUACUGCUGCGAGGAAUACCGGGAAUUUGUGCAGUUCGCAACCUCAACAGCGAUGGAUCUUGAGCAGGAGACGAGCAAUGCCAACAAGCUGAUCAAUAUCAAACCUCACGCUCACUUUGGCAACAAGAACGACAGGAAGGCCGCGAAGGAGAGAGCAGUACAGAGCAAAAAGAAAUUUUCUUUUCCUCUUGGGAGCAAAAAGAAAUAUUCUGUAGCUCAUGGGAGGAUGCGAGAAAGAGAACUUCAGCGAAGACAACAGGAGGCCAGUGGCCUACAGCAGAGCUUCUACAGCUCAACAGGGGGCACAGGGGGGCACGGCGGGGGCAUCAUGCCCUCCGCGCGGGCCACGCAGGCUGCGGCUAUCAAAGCUAACGUUUUACCUUCGCAAGGAAUGUCCUAUAAAGAUGGUGCUACCUCGAACAGAUCUUCAGGGUUGCUCCCUAAUGAAGUUGCCCGUCAGAUGAAGACAAUCAACUACCAGUUGUCAUCACAGCGAUGUCUGGAGGAGGGAUGGACGUUGCGGCCGCCGAGCCCACUCAACAAAGAGGACGAGGAUAUAGACAUCUUCAUGCCUGAACCAUUAAACCCGGCCAUGAUGGGGACAGGGAGGUUUCGAGAACGUCCAUUGAUACAGAAGUUUUAUGAGGAUGGAAAGAAAUUCCUAACAGUAUUCCCUGAUGGAUCCGGCAAUGUGUUCUACCCUAACGGUCAGAUCGCCAUCCUCAUCAGCUGUGUGAGCCUUGGUCAGUACAUCUACGUGGUGCAUGACGACUCACCCAGCCGCACGGUCAAGGCUGUGUUUGAACCCAGUGGGUAUGGGUCCUGUUACCAUAACAACGGAAUAGUCAGGUUGUACUUUGACCAGCUGGGCGGCAUCGAGCUGGAUGUUCAUGGGGGCAGGAGGAGGAAGUGGACGUGGAAGGACCAGGAGACUCACGUCCACGCCCCGCCAUUCCAGCCAAUCUGCUUCGGCCUGAACCGCUACAUCGGCAUCCGUGUGAUGAACCAGGACAGCAUCGCCCUCACCCUCACGGCCAGGAAGAGAAGCUGCAGGUUCAAUGUCGGCUCGCGUCUUAAGCUGGUGGCGCCAGAAAACAUUCCGCCCAAAGAGAUUGAUGAGGCCAUGCUGUUCCUGGAUGAGCGCAAAGCUUAUGUUGAAUCAAUACUUGACAAAGUGUCCAACCUCCUCAAGUUCCCCAAGUCACCGAAACUUGACAAGAUCCUACCGCCAAUCCACCUGACGUCCAAACUACAACGCACAGAGAAACUGCGGCAGGAGAAGACUGCCACCAGGCUAUCUGGCAGAAAGUCAGCGCGAGGGAAGGGAACACUUCCGGUUGUAACUGUCAACUAACUCAACCACAAAUUCCCUGUACUCUUCACCAUGUGCUUAAGGAACCAAGCUUGUCAAGUAGUUGUUGCUCCAAAGUCACUGUGAUGAACAUUGUAAUUUAUUGAGGAGAUAUUUUGUGUUAAACUCCUCAAUAUUGUUAAAAAUAAUGUUUCUCCCUUUCUCUCCUUUUGAAAAACAUUUAUGUGUAGUCAAAAAUAUAUAACAUUUACUGUAAUGCUAGUUAAUAUUGUGUUGAGGAAUAUGACCUGAGUUUUAUGAUUUACUUAUAUGUAUAAGCAGAAGACUCUGUCUCAUGUUUCAUAUUUAUUCUGGGAUACGAUGAACAUUUGAUAUUUCUGAGAGGCCUCAAAAACAGAUAUCAAAGUAAACCAUCCCGACAACGUUGUUCCAACUGUGUACCGGAAUAUCACCUGGGACUGGAGCAUCUGAAAGAUUUAAUCAGUUUCAAUUAAUUAACAACUGUAUUCAAGAACAUUUACUCAGAGCUCAAGCAUAUUCUUUACUUCUCUUUUUUUAUAAAUGAUGAAUGACCACUAUGUACUUAUAGUGGCAUGUACUUCUGGUGUCUUACUUACUUCCUAUAGUGCCUACAUCGACCUGUGUUUAUGAAGUUAUGAACUUCCAUAAUUCCCGUGUCUGCCAUUUCUCUUUGCUCAGAAUUCCCUGUUUAAUUUAUCCAGGUUCCGCUGCCAUGAUUUUUCUAACGCGUAUUGUCUUUACUUUUAUCAAUGUAAUGAUUCUGUAAAUAAACCUGCAAAUAAUAUUAAUAAUAUCAAAGUAUUACUAUUAGUUCACCUUGCCACCACCAGUCACAACAAUCUGUUCAUUAGAAUGCAAUAAGUUGUAUUGUACAGUGUAAAUACAUGCCAUUGCUUGUACAGUAUGUAGAGACUCAGAUAACUUGGGGGAUUGGAAGUAGUGCAUGUAGAAACAGUUAUACAUUAGCAGGAUGCAGAAUAUACUGAUGCUGACAUUUUCAGAGGGUGUUGAUCGUCACGAUUCAAAUGAAUACCAGGAUUUCUUGACAUAUUCAAUACUGGCGCCAACCAUAUACAAUUAUGAAAUUAGCACCAGUUGAUACCCUUAAGUGAAUUUAUCAUUUAUAGGUUUGUGUCAUCAAUGACAUAAACAAAUCUGAUAAAUUUUGUAACUUGAUCCGAUGGACAUGCAAACGAGGUUGCCCAGCAGGAACUAGAGUGAGUGAGUGAGUAUUGUUUUACGCCGUUUUUAGCAAUAUUCCAGCAAUAUCACGGCGGGGGACACCAGAAAUGGGCUUCAAACAUUGUACCCAAGGUAGAGAAUCAAAUCCAGGUCAGGUGUGAUGAGCGAAUGCUUUAACCACUAAGCUACCCGACCGCCCCAGCAGGAACUUGAAGCUCCAUUCAUCAAACGUGAUUCAAAAUCAUUCCCUUUGGUGAAUUUCCCAAUUUGUCGUCAAAAUAUGGCGACAGACAUAACUGCAAGUCAUUUGGUGCCAUAUAUAAAUUAGGUAUUAUUUAAAGAACGACUUUAUAUGAUAAGGAGAUUAUGCCCCACCUGUGUAUCUUUUAUAUAUCAUAUAUUAGGAAUAUAUAUUGUAUUACGAUAGCCUUUGGCGAGCAUAAUACACAUUGUUUUUAUUCCUAAUAUAUUGUAUCUAAUAAACAGACUCACUCACUCACUUAACAAAUUUUUUAUUAUUAAUAAAUAAAAAUAACUUUUUUGUACGGGUAGGGUUAUAUUAUGUCUUACUAACACUUGAUAUUUUCUAGGGGCAGGUGUUGUCAGUAUUAUACAACAAGUAUUAUAUAGCAUACCGUAUUCGUCGUAAUACGUUUACUAACCAAUAUUUUAACAAAUUUGGUACUUAUUAGAGCGGGGCGCUUAUUAAGUCGAAUACGGUAUAUGUAUUUUUGGAUCACACAUAAUCAUGCAAUUUAAUUUGUUUUUUGGCAGAAGGCAAUUUAUCAUUACUUGUAAUAAAAUCCAGGAUUGUCUUUUCUCACCUAACUUAAAUGGUGAAUUGUUUGUUAAUUACAUGAUUUAGAUCAGAACCAUGCGCUGCAUUUUAAAGACCUGUAUCUUACUGUAGCCUAUGACCUGCUGCUGAUGUGAGGGUUUGUGCUGAUACCUUAUUCUUGUAAAUAAACCAAACUGAAUAUCUC